AAAGGAACGCCACAAGAACCCGAGACGGUACGCUUUGCCCGUGACGACGAGCGCAGCAGCACAAGCUAGCGCCGUCCAUCCCCUCCAAGCUUGCGCCCCAUGCCUCUCUGACGGCCCACGCACCCGAAGCGGCCGUGUUCACGAGACCUUCUGGCGCGCCUUGUCUCGUUGCGCAAAGCCUGCUACUUUUUUCCCCACGAAGCGUCUUUCGCGCAAUCGCACGCCUCUGUACAUGCCAUUUUCCAGUAGACGACCAGUACUCGUCUCGUCGUCAUCACCGUUCUCAGAGCUCUGCCCAGUGCCUAGUGCUCACAUCCCCGCGGGUCCUGCGCGCUCCCGUUUCCGUCCUUCUUGGCGUGGAGAGAGCGAGGGAGAUGGAGGUGGGAGCCUGCGAGGCGGGGCGGCAGCAGGGACCGCCUUCUUCCGGCGCGCCGACGAGCCCCGCGGCGCCGUUCGGCAGGUCGUCGUCGCGUCUCGCCGCGGCGGGCGGCGCAACCCAGAGCUUCGACGGCGCGCUCAGAGAGCUCAAGGACCUGCAGUUCCAGCUGCACCGUGCGGCAGACUGCUGCGAGGAGGCGUUCCUCACCACCGAGAAGAAGAAGCUAGUCCUGGAUAGUACGAAGAGUUACAUCUGCGAUGCGGUUGUGGCAGUGAUUGAUCACCUGGGCACUGUUUCGUCCAAGCUUGAGCACCAGCUGCAGGAGAAGACUGACAUCACGCAAACAGAGCAAAAGAUCAACUUCCUGAAGCAGAGACUUCUGACAUGCGAACGGUACGCAAUUUCUCUCGAGCUAUUGGCUGUACGUGGGGACACUGGUGGAGUACAAUAUCAUCGCCGCUACCUCUCGCGAUCUACUGAAAGAACCAAGGAGGAAAACUCAAGCAACGGCGGUCCAGAACCUUUCAAAAUCAUUAGCACAAUAGUGCCUGGAGCUCCACGUACUCUGAAGCCAUAUGAUGUUGAAUCAACCAUCGGGAGGGGAUGUACCAUGGCAGGCGCAAACGUUGAAAGCGCAACAGCAGUAAGGAGUUCAUUUUCCUUUCGGGCAGAGGAUCUUCAGAUUUCUCCAGAUGAUCACAAAAAGAAGAAGAAAGCCAGUCAUGCAGGUAGCAACAUCUUGUCAUUUAUCAAGAGAAGUAGGCGAGCAUGAUAUAUAUGAGUCGAAAGCGCCACUGGUUAUAUACAGUAGUACUGCCAGAAAUGCAACGGAGAUUUAGCUAUCGAUCGCCAACUCAACCUCGAGGUUUCGCCUGGUCCAGUGUUCUGUAAACUGAUGGUGUAUGUACGUUUGAUUUCUGAACUUGUGUAGACGCAAUUGCAUUCGGUAAAUCAACAUUCAGGGCCGAUCGAGCUGAA